AUAUACAAGAAGAAGAAAAGCCAUAGCAACGAUCAAACAAAGAUGGCUGCCUCGGUUUGUUCUAAUGUGUUCGUUUUCUGUUUAUUUAUCUCUAUUUUUUCAAGUAGCUCCUCUGAAAACAUGUCGAUGGGCGCCGAUAACAGCUCAGAGCUGAACUCUACGUCCACUUUAACGGACAUUUAUCCAACAACAGAGCCGGAAACCAGCCCGACUGAGAGCUCCUACGGCCCCGCAGAGCAGCCCGCUGUAGCCGCGGACCCGCUGCCUGUCUCCGGUCACCUCCCCUCUGCGCAGGCCGGCGCUGACAGGUUGUGUCCCUGCGAUGAUCUCCUGGAUGGCUGUGACUUUAACUGCUGCUGUGACAGAGACUGUGGGGAAGAGGUGGCUCUGUUCACCCGCUGCUCCAUCGGGGCGGUGAGGAGUGGCAGCCAUUGGCUGUGCAGCCAGGAGGUGGCCCGCUACUCCCUGAGGACCACCAUGGACGGUUACUCCCAGCUGCAGGCAUCUGUUCAGAAGGAGACUAACCGUGGCGUCUUCUGCAUCCAGUCACAAAACCGUGCAGAUGGACUGUCUCAUCCGUCGCCGCCUCUUCCGACUGACAGCAGCUUUGAUUCGCUCUUCAGACGGUUUACCAGCUUUAUGUUUGGUUCAGAAACCCGUGACGAGGAUCUGCCUGCAGAUGUCCAUUCCUCAUCUGGAUACCAGUUCGGGGAUGUUUUGGCUACAGCAAAACCAAACGGACUCAGAGGGAUGUUCUACCUUCCAGCUCCUGGUCUCACUGCUGACUGUGUGAAGAGUCCUGCAGGGUUCCUGCAGGACCGAAGCAGCCGAUGUUCCCAGCGGUUGGCCCCAGGUACUGUCUGUGGCUCUCAGGAGGCCCUCAGGAUGGACACCUACUCAUCCAUUCAGCUGCUUGCUGGGAAGGACGCCGCUGCAGCGGUGGUUCCUGUGGAUGUGGAGUCAGUCGUCCUGCAGUCGGCAGAGGGGGCUCAGACCCAGCUGACCAUCAGCGGUGGGGGGGCCCUACUUCCUGAGGCCGUUAGCCCCUCCCUCUGUGCCAACGUGGUGCUGAAGGUCGUCUUUGUGAUCCAGUAUAACCGGAGCGGUGAGGUGGAGCAGGCCAGCGUUUCUCUGGUGCUUGGAUUCAUGAGCACGGCGGAGGCCUCGCUGCAGCAGGAGUUCCAGGUCCAGUUCAUCCAGGCUGGAGGGGAGCGCGGCGUCCAUCACAGCGGGAACCCGGGAUACCUGGUGGGAUCGGCUCUCAUGUCAGGAGACCGAGUAGCAGACGGCAUCAGCAGGAGCGUGGAGCUGAGCGACGCUCUGUCUGUGCUGCUCACCCAGGGGGACCAGGACUGUCUGCGGGGCCCCCACCAACGCGCUCUCGUCCGCUUCGGGCUGGACUUUGUGUCGGGCUGCACGCUAAGGCUGGAGGACGUGACCAACUGCUCCCUGGUUUCCCAGCAGCUCCUGGAUGUCCUGAGGGGACCGGCCCCUCCGCGGUUUGUGGCCUCCUUUGGAAACUCCCCGUUAGAGAAUGUGCUGGACUGGGUUCCCAUUAGAACCACCAUCAGCCCCACGGAGGAAGGAAGCUGCUCCAUCCCAGUUUCACUCCACCUGGAGAUAGAAUGGACCAAAUAUGGGUCCCUGCAGAACCCCCAGGCUCAGAUAGUGACCAUCAGGGAGGUCAUAGAGACCAACCGCAGCAGUCUGGCCCCGCCUCCUGCUGGCAGCAGCAUCCUACCAAUCAGAAGCUCCGUGGCCUUCAUCCCCGUGUCUGCUGCCGCCCUCCCUGGGUACCGGGCCACGCCCACCAUCGAUGCUAAGCUCCCCUUCGACUUCUUCUUCCCUUUCGUCUGAGCCGACCAAUCAGAACAAAAACACGGUUUAUCAUGUAAAUCCUGUAGAUAAAUGUUUAUAGAUUUUCAGAAAUAAAGCUCUUUAUUUUCUUAAAUGUA